GUAUCAUGCCCUUAAUAGGAUGAAAUUAUUGGGACAAUCACGUGUUGCCCCCAGAUAAUUUAAUAAAGAACACAGAUGAAAGGUCUAACUCUGACAUUAAAUGUAACCUAAUGUCUGUAUGAAUAUUAUGAAAAGACGUUCAACCGAACCAUUCGUGAGGUUAAAAAAAAAAAAAAAAAACACUGCGUAUGCGCAGUACCUUGACCUCAAGUGCUUUCUGUUGUCUCGCGGUGCAUAUAGUUCCUCUAGAGACCUGCAGACGUUGCAGGUUAAAGCAGUUUAAAUACCAGUUUUGAUAAGACUGUUAAAACACCCGUUCAUCCCGCUUCUGUCCGAAGAGGGAUGCAGGCCGCUGAAAAAAUCAUGAAGACUUUCGUUACGAGGCGCAUCCCGCAGGAGGGCAUGGAAAUCCUGUCAACUGCUGGAGUGUGUGAGGUGUCUCUGUGGGACUCGGAUGAACCCAUACCGAGAUCAGAGCUUCUCAAACGUGUGCAGGGGGCUCACGGCCUUCUGUGUAUGCUGUCAGACAAGAUAGAUGUUGAGGUUCUGGAUGCUACAGGACCAAACCUGAAAGUAAUCAGCACCCUGUCUGCGGGAUUUGACCACUUGGCUCUCAGUGAAAUCAAAAAACGCGGUAUUCGUGUUGGAUACACUCCAGAUGUGCUGACUGACGCCACAGCAGAACUGACUGUAGCUCUGCUGCUGGCCACCGCUCGCAGGUUGCCAGAGGGAGUGGAGGAGGUCAAAAAUGGUGGCUGGAGCGCAUGGAAGCCUCUCUGGCUGUGGGGACUUUCUGGCAGCACUGUAGGAAUCAUUGGACUGGGGCGUAUUGGUAUGGCCAUUGCUAGGAGACUCAUGCCAUUUGGAGUGAAGAAGAUACUCUACUCUGGGAGAACAGCAAAGACCCAAGCUGCUGAGGUGAAUGGAGAGUUUGUGCCUCUGGACACGCUUGUCCCUGAGAGCGACUUCAUAGUUGUUUCCUGCUCCCUGACACCAGAAACCCAGGGGCUGUGUGAUAAAGCUUUCUUCAGCAAGAUGAAAAACACUGCAGUCUUUGUCAACUCAAGCAGAGGGGCAGUGGUGAACCAGGAGGAUCUGUAUGAGGCUUUGAGCAGCGGACAGAUAGCCGCAGCUGGGCUUGAUGUCACGACACCUGAGCCACUCCCAACAAACCACCCCCUUCUUACACUCAAAAACUGUGUGGUGUUGCCGCACAUCGGCAGUGCCACCUACUCCACAAGAGGCGUCAUGUCAGCUUUGGCAGCCCGAAACCUUCUGGGUGGUUUGCAGGGCACAGACAUGCCCAGUGAACUCACCAUCUAGAGCCUGAAAUAGAGCUAACUAAAUAAAAAGCAUAUAAUAAAAAA